AUGGCACCAAAAACAGCACCUGGGAAGAAGCCUACUGCUAUAGCUCCGGCUGGGAAGGAGGGACAUGGUCUUGAUACUUUUGUGCAUGUCGUAGGGGUUGCGGAUUUUUCAGAUGAUGGAGAUGCCACGGGUGUGAUGGUUGCCAGGGGGGUUGUUGAGCUUGUAGCCUUUGUCGUUGAUGAUGCCGUGUUGAUAGAGGAGCUGGAUUCAGAUGGGUCUGCUUUGCUGGUAGAAGAGCUAGAUACAGAUGAUGGUGAUGAUGUGCUGGCAGAGGAGCUGGAUGCAGAUGCUGUUGCCGUUGUGGAGGUUUUUUGA